UGAUGCACCUCAUUAUAUUCAAAUAACAAAAUCAUUUACAAUGUCCACGACAAGGCUCACAUUCGUUUCUCUUUUAACACUUCAAUCUAUCUUGACAGUAUUGGCCUUUGAUUGCCAAGGAGGAAAUCAAGUGACCCAAAAUCCCAUUGGAACAUGCGUCUGUGAAGGCCAGCUUUAUGUCACCAAUGAUUGCUCCGAAGGGUUCUAUUGCAUUGACACCCUGGGCAAUGGAUGUCACAAGGUCUGCAAUGGAACUGAAAUUUUGGUGGCUUCAUUUGAGCAUAAGCAUUGGAGUUGCGAAAGUCGUGAGGAUCCAGUUUCAUUGGAAAAGGCCUUGCGUAUUUGUCCCGGGGCCUUCAAUGUGUGUCCCUCAGAUAAUAUUGAUCCUCCUCCAAACCCUGACAAUAUCACGGAAAACCCCUUGGGAACUUGCCGUUGUAAUGGAGAGUUGUGGGUUAGCGAAGGAUGCUCUUAUGGGUUCUACUGCAACGACACCAUGGAUAUUGGCGGAGAGAUGAAGGCUUGCGGAGAGGGUGAGGUUCUCUUGGUAGAUUUGACCACAAGCGAUUGGUAUUGUAGUAAUGAAACGGAUAAAUGCCCGGGUGGACCAAUCAAUGGGAUUGGGUGCCCGAUUCCGUUGUGUCGGUACAGUCAAAACCAUUUGGGCAAUUGCUCUUGUGACGGCCAACUGUUUUUGGGAGACAAUUGCGACGAGGGCUUUUUCUGCAGUACCAAUAUUCCUGAUCCGUAUCUAUUUGACGGCUGCAGGAAAUCCUGCCUCUCAGGACAGAUUUUAGUCCCGGACAUUCCGAACCGCGAUUGGAGUUGCAAAGACUUGUCCGAGACCAAUUUUCGUUGCUCUGGUGAAUUCAACUUGGAAUGCCCCUCGAACUCAAUUGAUGGGGGUUUAACUUCGGAGGAUUGUAAUUGCUCGAGUGAGAUCAUUGUGAGUGCGGAUUGUCGUGAGUUGCUACAUUGCUCCUCAAAGUUCAACAAUGGCUCCAAAACAGUCAAGUGUGACGAAGGCACCAUUGUAGAGAUCGAUUUGGAAACCCAUUCCUAUGGAUGUACGGAAAACAUCGGAAAAUGCCCGGGCAUGGGUGGAUUUCGGCUGGGAUGUCGAGGUGAAGAUCUUCCCGAACCUCCAGAGCUUAAGUGUGAAUUUUCCAAAAAUCCCUUGGGCCAAUGCGGUGGGUGUGAAGGACAGAUAUUCGUCAAUGAAAAUUGUACGGAAGCCUUUUAUUGUUCCUUUUGGACGCCGGAAGAUGGCCAAGAAGGCUGUCACAAGCAAUGCUCAGGGGGUCAAAUAGUCCAGUUUGAUUUACUAGCUAAAAAUUGGACAUGCACGGAUCGACCCGAGGGUUUUAUUUGCCCAGGAAAGUUUCAGGUGGAUUGUCAGGACAAAGAGGACUUUGAUAUCCAAUGUGGUUGUCCCAAUGAGGUUUGGCUGAACCAGGAAUGCAAUGCAGCCUUCAUUUGCGAGGAAAAGCGCGAGAGUUUAAGCGAUCCAAACCGAGGGAAAUAUGUGUCUUGUCCUCCAGGACGAAUCAUCGAGAUUGACUUUCAGAAUCCUUACAAUUACACUUGUACCAAAAAUGUGGAAAAAUGUCCAGGGUCGUUCCAUUUUGGUUGUGUAGGAGGAGACUUUGGAUCCUUAACAACAUUACCACCUCCAACAACAUCAACAACAACAGACUUGCCCUCGUCCUCAUCGUCUUCCAGGGUCCCAGGAUCCGAACUAAAAACUUUGACCAUUGUAAGUUUGGGCUUAAUCAUUUAUUGGCUUGAUUUCAUUUAAGGACUCGGUAAUAUUAACAUGCAUGUUUGUGUGAAAAUACAUUAAACUUCUUGGUAUCCA